UGGUUUGAGCUUGUUGAUUAUGAGGAAGUUCUAGCCAAAGCAAAGGACUUUCGUUAUAACUUAUCAGAGGUACUUCAAGGAAAACUAGGAGUCUAUGACGCUGAUGGUGAUGGAGAUUUUGAUGUAGAUGAUGCCAAGGUUUUAUUAGGCCUGACCAAAGAUGGCAGUAAUGAAAAUAUUGAUUCUCUUGAGGAAGUCCUUAAUAUUUUAGCAGAGGAAAGUUCAGAUUGGUUUUAUGGUUUCCUCUCAUUUCUCUAUGAUAUAAUGACUCCUUUUGAAAUGCUAGAAGAAGAAGAAGAAGAAAGCGAAACCACAGAUGGUGUUGAUGAAGAACCUGGUGGGGUAGCCAAAAGAAAAGCUAAGACUAAAGGACUUAAGGAAAGAUCUGCAUCAGAGCCCACAGUCCCAGCAGAAGAGACGGAGCCAGACGCCGAGCUGGAGGAGCAGGCUCCUGUGGGGGCAGAGUCCAAGAAUAUUGAAGAUGAAAUAAAUGAACAAAUUCAGCCCCUUCUCCAUGAAAUGGUACACAGAGAACAUGUUGAAGGAGAAGACCUGCAGCGAGAGGAGCGUGAACCAGUGGGAGAACCACAGCUGGAGGAUGACAGCUUCCUUACGGCCACUGAUGAAAAGGAUAAGUUUGAGACCCUGGAACCUGAAACAUUUCAUGAAGAAACUGAGGACGGUGUUCGCGUGGAAGAGACAGAUUCACAGGACUACCACCAGGAGGUGGAAGAGAAGACAUAUGAAAAGGAAGCUCUAGAUUCCAGUGAACCAGUGGUAGAUGAUGAAAGAUUGCCCCACGAUGAAGAUGGUGUAACAUACCAAGACUAUGAUGAAAAAGUAUACAAACCUUUGGAAAAUGAACCUUUGGAAAACAAACCUUUGGAAAACGAAUCUUUGGAAAAUGAACCUUUAGAAAAUGAACGUUUGGAAAAUGAACCUUUGGAAAAUGAACGUUUGGAAAAUGAACCUUUGGAAAACAAACCUUUGGAAAAUGAACCAUUAGAAAUUGAACCUUUUGAAAAUGAACCUUCAGAAAAUAAUCCUGUGGAAAAUGAACUUUCAGAAAAUGAACCUUCAGAAAAUGAAAGGAUAGAAAUCUCAGAUAAUACUGUAUACAGUGUAGAAGAUUCAAAUGUAAUUGCAGAAGAAAUCACUGGUCCUCCGGUAGAAGAGCAGCAGGAAAUACCACCAGAAACAAAUAGAAAAAUGGAUGAUCCUGAACCAAAAGAGAAAGUUAAGAAAAAGAAGCCUAAACUUUUAAAUAAAUUUGAUAAGACAAUUAAAGCUGAACUUGAUGCUGCAGAAAAACUCCGUAAAAGGGGAAAAAUCGAGGAAGCAGUGGAUGCAUUUAAGGAACUAGUGCACAAAUACCCUCAGAGUCCCCGAGCAAGAUACGGAAAGGCGCAGUGUGAAGACGACUUGGCCGAGAAGAGAAGAAGCAAUGAGCUGCUGCGAGGGGCCAUCGAGACCUACCAGGAGGUCGCCGGCUUGCCCGCCGUGCCCACAGACCUGCUGAAGCUGGCUCUGAAGCGGUGCUCGGACAGACAGCAGUUUCUAGGUCAUAUGAGAGGUUCCCUGCUUACCCUCCAGAGAUUAGUUCAACUAUUUCCCAAUGACACAUCCUUAAAGAAUGACCUUGGAGUGGGAUACCUCUUGAUUGGAGAUAAUGGCAAUGCCAAGAAGGUUUAUGAAGAGGUUCUGAGCGUGACACCUAACGAUGGCUUUGCUAAAGUCCACUACGGCUUCAUCCUGAAGGCACAGAACAAGAUUGCCGAGAGCAUUCCCUAUUUAAAGGAAGGAAUAGAAUCUGGGGAUCCUGGAACCGAUGAUGGGAGAUUUUAUUUCCACCUGGGAGAUGCCAUGCAGAGGGUUGGGAACAAAGAGGCAUAUAAGUGGUACGAGCUUGGGCACAAGCGAGGACAUUUUGCGUCUGUUUGGCAACGCUCGCUCUACAAUGUGAAUGGCCUGAAAGCUCAGCCCUGGUGGACAGCAAAAGAAACCGGCUACACAGAUUUGGUAAAGUCUUUAGAACGACACUGGAAGUUAAUCCGAGAUGAAGGCCUUGCAGUGAUGGAUAAAGCCAAAGGUCUCUUCCUGCCUGAGGAUGAAAACCUGAGGGAGAAGGGAGACUGGAGCCAGUUUACACUGUGGCAGCAAGGAAGAAAAAAUGAAAAUGCCUGUAAAGGAGCUCCUAAAACCUGUAAUCUACUAGAAAAGUUCCCCGAGACCACAGGAUGCCGCCGAGGACAGAUCAAAUACUCCAUCAUGCAUCCUGGAACCCACGUGUGGCCUCACACAGGGCCAACAAACUGCAGGCUCCGGAUGCACCUGGGCUUGGUGAUUCCCAAGGAAGGAUGCAAGAUCCGAUGUGCCAAUGAGACCAAGUCCUGGGAGGAAGGCAAGGUGCUCAUCUUUGAUGACUCCUUUGAGCACGAGGUGUGGCAGGACGCCUCGAGUUUCCGGCUCAUAUUCAUCGUGGAUGUGUGGCACCCGGAGCUGACAGCCCAGCAGAGACGCAGUCUUCCUGCAAUUUAGCAGGAAGUUCAUGCAACCGAGGAACACUCUGGAGAGAGGCUGCCUUUCGGGUUCCAUCUCCUUGGGUCCGUCGCAGGAAUUUCAAACAACAAGGCUCUUAAUCCCCUCAAUUUGCAGCCUGAAAAAUUCUAAGCCUCCUCCUAGGGUUAGAAGACACUAAAGGGAAUAUCUGCAUUGCUGCAAUUCACUUAGAAACCACCCUGCUGCGUUCCGUCCCAUGACACACGGGGCCUACGCCUGGGUUUAAGGUGAACCUUGCGAUAGCUCCUACCUUGCCAGCCAAAGAUAGUGUUUUGAUGUAGAGUAGGUUUAAAUCAGUGUACAGUGAGAAUAUAUGUAGAAACUGUGAAUGAAUUGCUUUCGUUUGUAAUUUUUCUAUGCAGUUAUAUUUUUCUAGGGUAGCUAGACUAGUUUGUUGUCAUGUAACACUACUUUUUAAAUUGCUUUUAACGAAAAGCUGUGUAAAUGCUUCACUUGUCUCUGUUUAAUAGUAAUAUUCCUGGUAAACUCAGGCCUCUCUCUCUCUUCUAAUUCUUUUUAGUAAAAAAACACUCAUGAAAAAAGCAGUUUUAUUUUCCUAAUACAAGAAAGGAAGACAUCAUUACACCUGUGGCUAUGAAGUGUACUGAUCCCAACCCUGGAGUCUGCAUUCUUCCUUAACCUCAUUGAGAUCAAGACCCUUAAUUUCUCCUCUCACUGUGCAUGGUGAGAAUAUUGUCAAAAUCUUAUUCCUCUUUAAAAGAAACUUCACAGUAAAAAAAAAAAAAAAGGCAUGGAAUUAUUUUAUAUUAAGUUAUAAAAGUACCAUAUGUAAGUGUUUUUAAUACGAAGUAUUAGGGCUUGGAGGGGGGAAAGUCGAAUUUAUGGAAAUAAAACUUUUCUCUCAGGAUUAAGUGGACUGGGGGCUGCUGGGAUGUCUGGCUGCUGGCCACUUUACCAUCUGUGAGACGGGCCUGGGAAUCCAAAGUGUCCUUCCCUGUGGUGGAUCAUGUGAGUGACAGGAAGACAACCCUUUGGUUCUUGAGAUGAUUCUCAUCACAGUGUUAUGGAAAUAUUAAGGACCGCAGAAGGAAAGGUCACCAAAUGUGCUAGGAUCUGUGUAGGGAUGUUGAGAUUGUUUUCCUCUUUGAAUAAGUUGGAGGACUCUUUUAUCUCUGUGGCUUGAGAAUCUUCUGCCCUUUAAACAUGACUUUGAAACAGCAAUUAUUAUCUAUAUUUAGAUUUGCUAUUACCUGUGACAUAGGAAUAACAACUGAAAAAUGAUCUUGCCUACUCAAUCCAAAGAUGAUCAGGUCAUUAAUUUAGUAAAUUAUUAAUGCAUUCGAUAUUGUAGGUUUUUAGCCAAGGCUAACACAAAUGUGAGCCCUAAGAAUGUAAUGAUAUUCGUGCACUGAAUUCUAAGCCAGGAUGAACAAAAGAGCUGUAUGAAUGGCAUGUAGGUCACCACAUUUCAUUAUUCAUUCACAGAUAGAAAAAAUGUGUGCUUUCUUUUUGAUUUAAGAACAAAGGAGGAGGUAUUCUUUGUCUCAUUUAAAGAACAGUUCUUCAGAGUUGAUAUUGGCCCAUUUUGUUUGACCUAGUGGACGUUAGCUUUCAUUAGAUGAAUUUGCAAAAUAUUUGUCCUCUUCCUUCUGUUUUGCUGGUGUUCGAAAAUCCCACUAAAUCAGAUGAAGAGGCAUGGGAGGAAGAAUAUCAAAGUUCAUUACCAAAGUCCAGAAGAGACGGCAAACUUGAAAAGUAAAAGGGUAUUGUAUCCUUCAGUAUUUAUUGAACAGAGGAAGUGACUGACACAGGGCAAUACAGUUAAAUGCUCAUGUAGUAAUGUUCACGUCACUUACCAAAUUUGGUUCUUAUAUGUAUAUUGCAUAUACAUAAAGAAAUUCAAACUAUAUGUUACUGUAAAACCAUCAUCUUACAUUCAUGUAAUGAAAUUAUGGAACAGAGGAAAAACUAACUCUUAACUCAGUAAAUAUAAUAAAGUGUUUAAAAUCAGGUCACUAGAGUGGGGUUCUAAAUAUUCCCGAUUGAAAAACUAGAAAUGUUAUUCCUGCUGCAGAGUGCUGGCAGUAAUUGACUCCAAUAAAAUUGUAAAUACCUGGAUCCCACAACUAUUUUAUAAACUCAAGCAAUAAAAUGGAUUUGAUAAUUCA